AGAGCAAAGUAAUCAGAUGCCAACAUGCGAGAGGACAGGAGCGCAUAGUGUGGAUGGUUAUGUAUGUUGAGCGACGGUCACGUCCUCACUACUGACAUCCUUAAUGUUUCCAGUGUCACUCCAUAAAGUGUAACACAGUAGACUGAAGACAUUUGGGAGACAGAGGAAUACAGGGAGCAUGUUUCCAAAUAACAACUCCAGCCAUUCACAGCCAACUAAGUUUAACCUGGUCCAAGUGAAAGGAACAUGGAUCAGACAAACUGAGCAGUGCCGACUGGCAGAGGGAAAGCUAUCAGAUGCUAAAAUCUAUGAGAACAAGUCAGAACAUGGAGUUUCCUGGACAGUGGUCAGUCCCAUCGUUUUUACCUACAGAGUCAUUCAAUGCAAAAACAUACUGGAUCCCAGAAAUGACACGUUGCUCUGGGGUCACCUAGGAGAUGAAGAGCUUAAAGGCACCAUAAGUAACUCCAAACCUGUGAAACGUUUUGUUGUCAUUGAUGAGACUGUCAAUCAUCUGUAUGGCUCUCAGGUUAUUCGGUACUUUCAGGCCAGAGAAGUUGCGUACAAGAUACUCCCUCUGCCCACCACCGAGGAGAACAAGUGUAUGGAGUUAGUGACCAAGAUCCUGGAGGAGGUUCAUGAGUUCGGGAUUGACAGGCGCUCUGAGCCAAUCAUAGCCAUCGGUGGUGGGGUUUGUCUGGACGUGGUGGGUUUGGCUGCAUCUCUCUAUCGCCGGAGGACUCCAUACAUUCGGGUGCCAACCACUUUACUCUCUUAUGUUGAUGCCAGUGUGGGGGCGAAAACGGGGGUCAACUUUGCCGGUGGGAAAAACAAGCUAGGAAGUUACGUCCCACCAGUGGCGACAUUCUUAGAUCGGUCAUUCCUCCAAACUCUCCCACCACGUCAGAUCUCCAAUGGGAUGGCAGAGAUGUUAAAGAUGGCCCUGAUGAAGCACCGCAGCCUGUUUGAGCUGCUGGAGGCUGAGGGCGGGAAGCUGCUGCACACCAGGCUGCAGUCAUGUGAGAGCAACAACAGCUCUGAACACGAAGACAGCUCUACAGCAUCGACCCGCAUCGCCAUAGAAACCAUGCUGGAGGAGCUGGCUCCUAACCUGUGGGAGGAUGAUUUGGACAGGCUGGUUGAUUUUGGUCAUCUCAUCAGCCCUGAAUUAGAAAUGAGAGUGUUGCCAGCGUUGCUCCAUGGGGAGGCGGUCAACAUCGACAUGUCCUUCAUGGUGUAUGUGGCCCACCAGAGGGGGCUAGUGACAGCAGACGAGAAGGAUCGCAUCAUCCGGUGCAUGCUGGGCCUGGAGUUGCCUGUGUGGCACCAGGAAUGCACUCUGGCCCUGGUGCAGAAGUCCCUCAAGGAGCGUCUGAAGCACUCUGCUGGCUCUCUGAGGAUGCCUCUCCCAACAGGACUGGGACAUGCAGAAAUCUUCCAUGACAUGAUUGAGGAAAAUAUCCUCUGCCAAGCUUACCAGAAAUGGACUGAUGAGCUUGCUUCUUCUGGAAACAAAUGAAAACAUCAACCAUUUUAUUUGUAACUUGAGAUAUAUUAAUGUUUUGCUGUAUUUAACAUUCAUAAGUAGUUUAUACAUAUUUAAUAAAUGAUUACACACACACUAUAAUGUAGUUAUAAGCAGAUUUAAGCUAUAACUCCUCCUGUGAGCACCCAUAAGUGGAGGCUGUGUAAACACUAACAGUAUUCAAUUCAAUUUUAUUUAUAUAGCGCUGAAUCACAACAGAAGUUAUCUCAAGGCACUUUUCAUACAGAGCAGGUCUAGACCGUAUUCUUUAGAUUAUUAUAAUUAUAGAGAGAGACCCAACAGUUCCCACAAUGAGCAAAGUCUAGGUGACAGUGGCAAGGAAAAACUUACUUUUAAGAGACAGAAACCUCGAGCAGAACCAGACUCCAGGUGGGUGGCCAUCUGCCUCGACCGGUUGGGCUGAGAAAGAGCGACAGGAGAACAUAGCAUAAUGCAGAUUCCAUGUAAAAGUGGUAUCAAUAAUACAGAAGGCGUUGAGUGGGGUUGUAGGAGCAGCAGAAGGCUCAUCAUCACAGAUCACUCUACAGCUCCGGAGGCAGAAAUACCUGCAGAAAGUGACAGAAGAGGAGAGAGAGAGACAAAAGAACACAAAACUAUAGGAAAGGGAAGAUAUCGAGUUAGUAACAUGUAUUUAUGGGAUAUCCUCAUAUCUGCUUACAACUACAUUAUAGUGUGUUAUAAACCUUAAUUAAGUUUGUAUACUGGUUAAAAAAUGUUGGAAGAAAAACACAACCUAAACCAACAUUCAAAUAAAACUUUUAAUAUUUCUCACAACAUCGUUUCCACAUUGAGUACCAAUGAGUUUGAGUUCACUAAUCUGAAACCAGUGUGUACAGUAAUAAUUGCUACAUUCAUCUCAUAUAAACUGUAACAAUAAGAACAGUAGCAACAUCAGCGGAGAACCUGUAUGUGUGAACCACAGGGAUGAGGAUGAGCACAGAGGUCUAAAUUGAUCUAAUAUGGUUCUUCAUUAGUGGUUUACCCAUAAUGUGCCAUAAUAAUCAACAGUUGGAAGAGUCAUUAUGAGAAAUCAGUCAUAGUGAUGGCUUUAAAUUAAGUGCCGCCACCACCAUGUGUAAUGCUGAUGUUCAUUCUAACCAGUCACAUUUCAGGGUUUAGAUGAUUUAUCUGCUCCAUUAGAAAAAAGCUGAUCUGGGUUCAGUCAAAGGGCAAUGUUACAGGCCUGUGUGUGUUGCACUAUUAAGGCUCAGUACCUGGGAUUGGUGAGACCAUUAGGGUCAUUUUGCAGUCCACUCAAGCUGUACUUCACCUAUGACAAAAAGAUUUUAAAUCAGUCUCCACUUACUACCUUUCUCCAGAGCCUUCAAGGCAUAGUGUACAUCAGUGGGUAGUGUUUGCUCAGUGUUUCCCCAUGUUAAAUGUGAACACGUAUAUUGUUCACCUGUUUGUAGCAUUUAUAGCCUGAUUGCCAGCAUGCUGUAGGUAUUGCUUAUUAUUAUGAAGGUGAAACACCACUAACAAAGGUGCAUCUGUUGAGCGGUUUAUAGCUAUUCACAUCUUUAUAUAAACUUAUUUUAUAUUUCAUUUUGGCAACACAUUUGGCAGUCAUCACUGUGAAUUACAUUCACACUAAUUUCAAAAUGAUUCUCAAUAUUCAGUACAACUUUGAAAAACAGUGUUCAGUGUAGAAUUUAUAACUUUAUAAAGAUAAAACAAAAUACACAGCCAAAACAUAUGGAGUUCCUAAGCGUUCGUAUUUUGAAAUAAAUAAUCAAAAAGUGUUGUACAACCUUGAAUUAUGACAUGGUGAUAUGUUAAAAGUUAAGGGACUGCCGAUUUUUACUACAUCUUGAGGAUGAUAAGACUGCCUGAACCAAAUGUCAUGGCAAUCUGUCCAGUAGUUGUUCAUGUAUUUCAGUCUCGCUCACCAAAAAUGUUGCCACCCAUACAGCUGUGCGGCUAGUACGGCUAAAAAUUGGACAAUUAAAUUGUGAAAUAAAUUUUUAUAAAAUACUACAAGUCAAAUCAUUGCUAUGAAAUGUUAUUUCAUCAUUCUUAUUUUAGUAGCGUGACAGUGAUAUACAAAACAAAAAACAGACGUUUGAAAAAAAAGGCACUUUCAAAUAAACAUUUCUUCACUGAAAUAAAAACAAAAUAAAUAAAACUCUGCUGCUAUGAGAAUCAGAAUGAUAAAAUAACAUUCCAUAAUAUGGAUUUUAACUUACUAAUUAAUUUUGGAAUUUAGUGGUUUGAUUUAUAUGUUUUAUUCUAUUUACUUUCAUGAUUAUUUUGUAAUGCCUGUAUUUAUUCAUUUUAUAUUUUACGCUUUGGUCUUGUGCUUUUUUUUUUAUAGUGUUAUAAGUCUUGUACUGACAAAAUCCCCUUCCUACUGCUCUCUCAGGUAACUUAGCACUCCUCAGGUUCAUCCAUGAAGAACCAAACACCAAUAUAAAGAUCAACAAAAUGUUGCAUCACUCCUCUUACAUCACCAGGGUAACAGAAAUAACUGUAAGGCACUUAAAUCAAUUAAAAAGAUAAUUACUUUGUUACUAUUUUAGAUUAGUUCAUAAGGAGAUCACAUUGUCAAGACAUGAUGCUGCUCUACAGGCACAACUUCAACCAUUGCAUAGUUUAACAAAGUGGAGGCUGUGCUGUAACAGGGCUCUCAAUGUAUGGCAGGUAGUUAUUAAAAAGGCAUAUGUAUGCAAUGUGCUACAACUGUUGAAAACAAAUUGCUGAAAUAUACAUCAACCAUAUACCAUAAAGAAUCUACAAUCUCAUACAAUAUCCUGUAUGCAUUUGAAAAGCCAAAUACAAUAGUUAGUUUAUGCUUAGAUACAAAAAAGGCAAACAAACCAUAUUUCAAUUUACAGAGGUCAUUCCAGUGUUUUUGACAAUGUCAUGCAUUUCAUACAAAAUCCCAAAGCAAUCUCCUUAUACUCCAUGGCAACAUAAAUGUUCAUAUAAUGAAAAAAAACCUCCUGAAUGUGAAAUGUCAUUGCAGUGAUGUAAAAAAAAACAAA